GGCCAUGUCUUCCUAAUCCCUGCCAUAAUGGUGGAACAUGUGAAAUCAGUGAAGCCUACAGAGGAGACACAUUCAUAGGCUACAGCUGCAAAUGUCCUGCUGGAUUUAAUGGAAUACACUGCCAGCACAAUGUGAAUGAGUGUGAAGCUGAACCCUGCAAGAAUGAUGGUAUUUGUACAGAUCUGGUAGCUAACUAUUCCUGUGAGUGCCCAGGUGAAUUCAUGGGAAGAAAUUGCCAAUAUAAAUGCUCUGGACCAUUGGGAAUGGAAGGAGGAAUUAUUUCUAACCAACAGAUUACUGCAUCAUCUACCCAUCGGGCUCUUUUUGGGCUCCAGAAAUGGUAUCCUUACUAUGCACGACUUAACAAGAAAGGGCUUAUAAAUGCAUGGACUGCAGCAGAAAAUGACAGAUGGCCAUGGAUUCAGAUAAAUCUACAACGAAAAAUGAGAAUCACUGGAGUUAUCACACAAGGUGCAAAGAGAAUUGGAAGCCCAGAAUACAUUAAAUCAUACAAAAUUGCAUAUAGCAAUGAUGGCAAACUAUGGACCACAUAUAAAGUGAAAGGUACCACUGAAGAUAUGGUGUUCCAUGGAAAUGUGGAUAAUAAUACACCUUAUGCAAAUUCUUUCACCCCGCCAAUAAAAUCUCAGUAUCUACGAUUGUAUCCUCAAGUCUGUAGAAGGCAUUGUACUUUGAGAAUGGAACUUCUUGGCUGUGAAUUGUCAGGUUGUUCUGAACCUUUGGGAAUGAAAUCGGGACAUAUUCAGGAUUAUCAGAUCACUGCUUCCAGUAUCUUCAGAACACUCAAUAUGGAUAUGUUCACAUGGGAACCCAGGAAAGCUCGACUAGACAAACAAGGCAAAGUUAAUGCCUGGACAUCAGGGCACAGUGACCAGUCUCAGUGGCUACAGAUUGAUCUUCUUGUCCCUACAAAAGUCACUGGCAUUAUUACUCAAGGAGCUAAAGAUUUUGGUCACGUUCAGUUUGUGGGGUCCUAUAAACUCGCCUAUAGCAAUGAUGGAGAAUACUGGACCAUAUAUCAGGAUGAAAAGCAAAAAAAAGAUAAGGUUUUCCAGGGAAACUUUGACAAUGAUACUCACAGAAAGAACGUUAUUGAUCCUCCAAUCUAUGCACGGCACAUAAGGAUCCUCCCCUGGUCGUGGUAUGGCAGAAUCACUUUACGGUCAGAGUUUUUGGGCUGUACAGAAGAGGACUGA